GCGCCCGCGGAGUCCAAGUGUGUUAGCCGACCCGCCCAGAUGGUGGUGAGGGUCUGUGACCUGUGACCCCCUGCUCCAGCUGCUUCUCCACGGACACGAGCUGGUUUUCGGGCCCGCGCGGCGAGGUGGCUGUCGCCUGGAGGGCACUGGUCGGGGGGGGCCUGACGGGGGCCGCGGCUCUGCGGCUGCUGGCGCUGAGCAUCUUCGUUGCCCGCUACAGCACAGCCGGCCGAGGCGGAGGCGGGGAGCGCGUUGGGGGUGGGCGUGAGGGCGGCAAAGGGGUCCCCGCUGGCGCUGUCCUGCUCUGCCAGCGCGUCGCCCCAACUCAGGUCCUGGGGCGGCGACGGAUGUGCGAUGAGGACACUGUGGGGACGUUUUCGGACUUGGGCUUGGAGGACGAGCGAACAGUCAAGGAUGAAAACUUCCAGGUGGCCUUGGGGGACGUGGACAUCAAUGUGAGCGUGAGGGUGCCAAGGGGGGAUGGCCCCCCGCUGCUGCUUCCCAGGCCCUGGUCUCCUGUUCUGAGGCUCCAUUCCUUCUCCCUCCCAAGGACACUGGACCCCAGUUUUCCGGGGCCUCAAGAAUGAGCAGAAGUGGAGCCCUGAGAUGGAGAAACCCUCUCAGCUCCUUGGCCUCAUUCCUCUGUCUCCCCUGUCCCCUUCCACCCUUCCUCACCACUCCCCUCUCCCUAGCCUCGCCCCCAUCCCUGCAGUAACCUCAGGGGCCAGAAGUCCCCAGCCUUCUCUGCAGGAACAUCUCAUGUGCAGACAGGAAGCCUGCCAGCCUCCAGUUCUCCCGUGUGAACACAAUAUGGCAUUUCUUGUAAAAGAA